CCACGGUCCAAUUUCUUCUAACGGCUCAUACGCCUGUACGCACCAAGAACGGCUCGUCGUCCACUUUAUCCACCCCCACGAGCAGUAAGUAAACACAGUGGAAGAGAGAGAGACCACCAUUUUCAUGCUUUCAAAGCUCACCUCAGCAGGCUCAGCUCCGCUCCGGUUAGGGUUUCCAAAUUGACUGGUUUCCUACACCUCAAAGUUACUACCCCCAAGCAAUGAGUGCCUGCUAGAGCUUCCGAUCCAAACCCAGAACCCUUUCAAUUUCUCACUAAAUCUAUGUUCUAUGGGUUCAACAUCUUCAGGAGUUAAUAAUGUUCCCUUAUGCAUUUGCUGAUGCUUGAAGGUGGCACAGGUAUUGCUUCAUUGACCUGAGCUGUUUUUGGGCAUAUCACCAACUACUGUAAUGAUUACUUAUGUAAAUCUCUAUGACACCAGAGGGCUAGUUAUGGACUGCUUUCAAACUGUUAGUCAUCUCAAAGGUUCUCUGUGCUGUCAGUUAUUAUUAUUCUUUAUCUGGUUAUCAAGUUUUCAAGAAGCAGUGGCAUUGCAGACAGUCUAUGAGCAAAGUCAUGUUUCUUCCAUUCCAGAUCUAGCUAAACCACCUACUAGUGGACUCUUUGGUCCCAUAGAAAUAUCACCUGCUGUUAUUCCACAUUUCACAGAUCCUGAUGAGCCUCUUCCACCAAUGUACCCAACUUUUCCAACUAGAUAUGAGCCUGUUUUAACUGGGAAAUGUCCUGUAAAUUUCUCUACUAUAUCAAGUAUCAUGGACAAAACAGCAUCUGAUUGUUCUCUACCCUUGGCAGCAGUUGUAGGAAAUGUGAUAUGUUGCCCACAGUUUAGCAGUUUGAUCCGCAUCUUCCAGGGUCUCUAUAGCGUCACAUCCGAUAAGUUGGCUUUGCAAAAUUCGGUUGCAAAUGAUUGUUUUACAGACAUUAUCAAUAUCUUAGCCAGUAGGGGUGCGAACAGUACAAUACCUACACUUUGCUCCAUAAAUUCAUCAAACCUUACAGGUGGGUCUUGUCCAGUGAAGGAUGUUGUUUCCUUUGAGAAAGCAGUAAAUGCAAGCAGAUUACUGGAGGCCUGCACAACUGUUGAUCCUCUUAAAGAGUGCUGCAGACCAAUUUGUCAGCCUGCAAUCAUGGAUGCUGCACUUAAGAUUUCAGGAAAACAAUUUUCAUUGAACGAGAAUAAGAAUUUGGUGGGUGAGUUAUCUCAUGUUGAUACUUUGACUGACUGUAAAGGAGUGGUUUUUACCUAUCUUUCAAGGAAACUCUCGCCUGAUGCUGUAAAUACUGCAUUUCGAAUAUUAUCUGCCUGCAAAGUUAACAAGGUUUGCCCUUUGGAUUUUAAGCAGCCUACGGAAGUGAUUAAAGAAUGUCGCAAUGUUGCUGCCCCCGGUCCUUCCUGCUGUAGCUCAUUAAACGCUUACAUUGCUGGAAUACAAAAGCAAAUGUUAAUUACAAAUAGACAAGCUAUAGUCUGUGCUACAAUGUUUGGGUCCAUGUUGAGGAAAGGAGGGGUCAUGUCUAAUAUUUAUGAGCUUUGUGAUGUUGACUUGAAAGACUUUAGCAUUCAAGCAGCAUAUGGUCAAGAAGGGUGUCUACUUCGAAGCUUGCCCUCAGAUAUGAUAUUUGACAAUUUAACCGGCUACAGCUUUACAUGUGAUUUGAGUGACAACAUUGCAGCACCAUGGCCUUCGUCAUCCUCAAUUUCCUCGUUCUCCCUUUGUGGGCCUGAGAUGUCAUUGCCUGCACUACCAACAUCGGAGACUUUUAAAAAUCCUGGCUGUCGUGGUGGUCGGGUGGAAUUUCUGAUACCCAUUGUUUCAUUUUUUAUUUUCAGUACCUUAUUGUACUGAAGAGAUUUAGCUGAGGGUUAAGCAAAGCUGGUUUGAUUUGAGUUAGGGGCUUUUGAAAAUUGGUUUUGUGGAUUUUAUGUAUAUGAGUGGGUGGCCUCUCUCUCU